AUGGGAUCCGACGAGGAAGAUCAUAUCACCGCCGUGUACGGCGAAGAAGAUCUCGACGAGGAAGAUGAUGACGAAAGCGAAGAAGAAGACCAUACUUUACAGAAUCAACACGUUGACGAGGACGAUGUUGACAUGAUCGACGAUGAAGAGGAUGACGAAGAAGAAGACGAUUCUAUGUCGUCAGCUGCCGGCGAAGUCACGAUCGCUGUCGCUGGUAUUCCGAGCGUCCCCACAACUGUUGACGCUACUCCUACAACAGCUACAACUACCACGACUUCGAUUGUACGAUCGGACGCCAUUGUGGAAGUGAAAAAGCCUAUGCCUUUAGACGAUUCCCGACGGUUGUUUCAGCGUCUAUGGACCGAUGAGGAUGAAAUUGAGCUCUUGCAGGGGUUCCUUGAUUACACCACGCAACGAGGGACUAAUAAUUCGUCUCACCACCAUCACGAUACGGCGGCAUUUUAUGAUCAGAUCAAAGGUAAAUUGCAGCUGGAUUUCAACAAAAAUCAAUUGGUUGAGAAGCUUAGAAGAUUGAAAAAGAAGUAUCGGAAUGUCCUCGGUAAGAUCAGUAUCGGCAAAGAGUACGUAUUCAAAAGCCCUCACGACCAGGCUACUUUUGACCUGUCGUGCAAGAUCUGGAAUGGGGCCGCAGCUACUCCCGUCUCCAUCCCCGCCACUGCUGAUGGUGGAGGAAUUGACGAUGAUGAACCUCAUAAUCCUAACCUCAUAUUCAAUUUGAAUGAGAAUAAUGCUAACGACAUUGUUGAUCCAAAUAGCUCUGAGAAGAAGGUGCCAAGACCAAGAAAGCGAUCAAAGUCUACUGCAGUUAAAAUUGAAGAAAAUUCCAAUCAGCAGCAACAUUAUGGCCAACCUGUGGGCGUGGGAGCUUCAAAUCCUCAGAAUCCUGCAGUCUCAAAUCUGGUUGAAGAAACCGUGAAGAGUUGUUUAUUGCCAUUGUUCAAGGAAUUGGUUAACAAUUCUCCUAAUGGGGCUUGUGCAAGUUCAAGGGGGAUCGGAUUAGGAGGGAUGAACAUGAAUAAUUUUGGUGGGUCAAUGAAUUUCCCCAUUGGGGAUAUGACUGAUGACAAAUGGAGGAAGCAACAUAUAUUAGAAUUGGAGGUUUAUUCAAAGAGAUUAGAAUUGAUGCAGGACCAAAUAAAGUCAAGGUUGGAGGAGCUUAGGUCAAUGGGGAGUUCAUGA